AUGAUUGAACUGUGGGAUGUACUGAUUACAUCAUUUAGUGAGGUUGAUAAGGAUGAGUAUCUUGAUCCCCAGACUGCCCAGAUUGCCAGAGUUGACCAUGUCAAGCAAGUUUGUAAAGACGUUAUGCCAGCAAGAGAUGAAGAACUUCCAUCUGCUUUCGUGGAAGAGUAUAGGUCUGCCAUGGAUACUGAAAUUAUGAAGUAUGUGAGUGAAACAUAUCCAAAAGGCAUCUGUUCAGUUUACUGUAUGAAGGGAAAGGAUGUGGAAGAGCCAGGAUUCGACUUUGAACUUGUUGUGGUGAUUUCAGCUGCUAGGCAUAGUCCUCAGAAUUUCUGCAAUGGAAGCUGGCGAUCAAUAUGGAAUAUUGAAUUUAAGGAUGAAAUUCAAUCUGUAGAAGUGAGAGGCGAGAUGCAGGUUGGCGCCCAUUACUUUGAAGAGGGAAAUGUACAGCUAGAUGCAAAACACGAAUGUAAGGAUACAACGCUAAUUCAGGUAAGUGACUAUAGUUUGUUCAUAAACUUCUCUUUGCUUUGUUGUCGUGUCUCCUGAACAGACUUCCGUCUAUGAUAGCUUUUUUCAUAAUUUUCUUUCAUUUAACACGAUUUGUCCGUAAUUUAUACUUUCAAUGAGAGUAAAAAGGCACUAGGAUGGUUAGACAACCAAGAAAAUGAAAAAUGAUAUAGCUGCUUCUGCACAUCCUACUUUGUGUAUCUGUGUAGAGAUUGAAGGUCAUAUUAAUAUCAACACUUUGUAUCUUAAGCAAUCUGAUUGGAAAUCAUAUUGUAGAAGAAAUAGAAGUAGCAUGUUAAGAAAAUAAAUGGUGAGACACAACAGUUUCUGGAUAUCCUAUAUUUUGCUGGUCUAUUGUUGGAAAAGGUUAAAGCUAAAAAAAUUUUAAAAAAAAACUUGAGUGAUCUGAUUAGUAAUCGAACAGGGAAGA